AUGUCUUCAGCAAUUGUCACAGGAGCGACAGGAAUCCUCGGCCGCCAGAUCGUGAAACAGCUGGGUCAGGAUCCCCAGAAAUGGAAGAAGGUGUAUGCGCUCUCGCGCAGCAAGAAGAUUGACUACCCGUCCAAUGUCGAACAUCGCCACAUCGACCUGACGAGCGACGCCAAGGAAAUGGCCAAGGAGCUCGAGGGCGUCGAGGCAGAGUAUGUCUUUUUCGCCGCAUACCUGCAGCAGGGCUCGGAGCAAGGGAGUUGGAAUGUGAAUGGCGCCAUGUUCGAGAACUUCCUCUCCGCCCUCGAGACCACCGGCGCCGCCAAGGGGAUCAAGCGCGUCCUCCUCGUCACAGGGGCCAAGUACUACGGCGUGCACCUCGGCCCGCUCAAGCUCCCGCUCCGCGAGGACGACCCGCGCCUCGAGGGCGCCGCGUGGCCGCCCAACUUCUACUACCGCCAGCAGGACGCCCUGCAGCAGUUCUGCGCCCGCAACCCCCACGCCAGCUGGGUGGUCACGUACCCCAACGACGUGAUCGGCUUCGCCGAGGGCAACUUCAUGAACCUCGCGACGGGGGUGGGCCUCUACGCCGCCAUCAGCCGCGAGCUUGACGGCGGCGGCGACGGCGGCGGCGGGCUCGUCUUCCCCGGCAGCCGCGACUGCUACACGCGCCUCGACACCUUCACGUCGAGCAAGCUGCACGGCCGCUUCUGCGAGUGGGCGGCCCUCGAGCCGCGGGCCGCGAACCAGGCCUUCAACGUCGUCAACGGCGAGCCCGAGAGCUGGCAGAGCCUGUGGCCGCGCGUCGCUCGGCGCUUGGGGGGCCGCGUCCGUCCGGACCAGUUUGCCGGCGAGGGACGCCUGCCGGCGCGGGCCGACCUCGCCGAGACGGUGCCUGUCGCGGCGGUGGCGGAUGAGGUCGGGUUGAGGGGGUCGCUGCCGCCGAGGGGGGAGCUGGCGCAGAGGAUCAGCCUUGCGAAGUGGGCACAGCUGGACGAGGUGAAGAAGGCGUGGGAGCGGCUUGCGGAGAGGGAGGGCUUAAGGAAGGACGCGCUCGAGUUGGCGACGUGGGAGUUCGUUGACUUUGAGCUGGGGAGGAACUAUGAUGUUGUCCAGAGCAUGACCAAGGCGAGGGAUUUUGGGUGGAAUGGGUAUUGCGACACGUGGAAAGCCCUGUCCGAUGUCUUUGGCGAGCUCGAAGCUGCCAGCAUCUUACCCAAGACCCAUCGUGGGGAUGGGAAUUAG